UGUAUGCAGCAACAUCGCCGGACGCAGAUGUCGUUGUUAAUGCAGUCAACACGGCAGUCAACAAACUCAAGAAAUCAGUCGAACCAUCUGCAGACUACUACAAAGCAAUUAGAUAUUCUCUUUGAUGCAACUGAAAUCGAGAGUGACGCUGUCAGACAAGCCGCUGCACUUGCACUUGGAAGUAUUCCAGACAUCAUUCCACUCUUACUCACACGCAUCGAGAAGAAAACAACAUUCUCGUUGUUGAACGCACUGAAAGAGGCACUCAAAUAUAUCAACGCAAACACCGUCGAAGACAUCAUGAAACGUCUUGUCAAAAUCAAAGUCGACGAAGUCUCAACGAAUGUCAUGAGUGAGUGUUAUGGAAAAUUACUUGCUUUCGACUUGGAGAAAUACAUCAAAGCGUUUUACAUUCCCGCGUUGAUGGACAAGAACGGCAACGGCGCACUUAUCGGCUCAAUCAAAAAUUGUAUGGCCAACUGUGACCCGAAAAUGUUCAUCCCACUCAUCCCAAUCAUCGUCUCACGUCUCGGUGACAAAAUCCCCGCAGUCAAAGGCGCACUCUUCACAGUCAUUUCAUAUCUCCUCAUUCACGCUCAAAAGGAAAUCUUCCCUUACUUACAAACUAUUCAAAAACAACUCGUCCCACAAAUGUCCGUCGACAAAAACUACGUCUCCGUCGCAAAAUUCUCUAUCGUCGUCCACAUCACCGAUUUGGGACUCGAAGCUCGUAAAGCAGUCAUGGAAUGCCUCUCCGUCCUUAUCGAUAACUACAUCACUGAACUUAACUUUAAAAAUAUCAUCUGCGCUAUCGUAAAAUCUAUCGGAGAACAAAACAAUGACCACGACGUCAAAUUACUCUGCUUCAAUUUGUUACUCAAAAUGGCUAACAACAACUCAGACGAACUCAUCGAAAAUAUCGAUGAAAUCAUCCCAGACCUCCGUAAACUCAUCAGCUCAUCUCUCGACGAGAAAAAUAAAGACCAAGACACUCCUAAACAACAAGAAAUAUCAAAGGCUGUCUGCAGAUUUGUCGCUAACGUCGCUUCAAAUCCUCUCGCUUUUGUCUCGUCGGCAUUUGAAAAGCUUUACCAAGACAUCCUUAAUUCCCUCAAACUCGGUGCUGUCCUUAAGACUUUCAUCUAA